AUGAAACACAUGGAGAAAAGGAACAAUGUGACAGAGUUUGUUCUCCUGGGACUUACAGAGAAUCCAAACAUGCAGAAAAUCAUAUUUGCUGUGUUUUUUAUCAUCUAUAUCGUCACUGUGGUAGGGAAUGUGCUCAUCGUGGUCACCAUCGCUGCCAGCCCGUCACUGGGAUCCCCCAUGUACUUCUUCCUGGCCUAUCUCUCCUUUAUUGAUGCCUGCUACUCCUCAGUCAAUACCCCUAAACUGAUCACAGAUUCACUCCAUGAAAAGAAGACCAUCAUGUUCAACGGAUGUAUGACCCAAGUCUUUGGGGAACAUUUCUUUGGAGGCACAGAAGGCAUUCUACUUACUGUGAUGGCCUAUGACCGCUAUGUGGCCAUCUGCAAGCCCUUGCACUACACAACCAUCAUGAACCGACGGGUGUGUGGCCUUCUAGUGGCAGUUGUAUGGGUGGGUGGCUUUCUUCAUGCAAUCAUACAAAUGCUUUUUAUUUUCCAAUUACCCUUUUGUGGCCCUAACAUCAUAGACCACUUUAUGUGUGAUCUGAACCCUUUGUUGAAUCUUGCCUGUACCGAUACCCAUACUCUUGGACUGUUUGUUGCUGCCAACAGUGGGUUCAUCUGUCUAUUGAACUUCCUUCUCUUGUUGGUCUCCUAUGUGGUCAUCCUGCGCUCUCUAAGGACCCACAGUUUGGAGAGCAGGCGGAAAGCCCUCUCUACCUGUGUUUCCCACAUCACAGUGGUUGUCUUGUUCUUUGUCCCCUGCAUAUUUGUGUACAUGAGACCUGCAGCUACUUUAACCAUUGAUAAAGCAGUUGCUGUAUUCUACACUAUCAUAACUCCCAUGUUAAAUCCUUUAAUCUAUACAUUGAGAAAUGUUCAAAUGAAAAAUGCCAUAAGGAAAUUAUGUAGCAAGAAAACUAUUUCAAAUGACUAA